AUGGCCACUACCUCACAUAUCUUGAUCACGGGAGCCACUGGCUUGAUCGGCUUCCGUAUUCUGGUCGCCGCUCUCGAAGCUGGGCACAAAGUUCGUUAUACGGUCCGAUCGGAAGAGAAGGCCAAGACAGUCUCUUCCAACCCUGCCGUCCAGAAGUUGGCUUUUGGUGACCGUCUUUCUCCAGCCAUUAUUCCCGAUUUUGCGGUUGAUGGCGCCUUUGAUGAAGCCCUGAAGGAUAUUACGCAUAUUAUUCACGCUGGAGCUCCCGUCCCCAACGCAGCCUAUGACCCCACUACCCAAGUCUUUCAACCGACGCUGAAGAUUGCCGAUAAUCUGCUCGCGUCGGCGCUCAAGGCCCCCAGCGUGCAACGCGUUGUCAUUACCUCGUCCAUUGUGGGCAAUCUAGGCAUGAUACCUCCACCAACGGUCGUCUCCGCCACGACGCGCGUGCCGCUGCCAGACCCGGUACCUGAGACCUACGACGACGUCUUCAGCGCCUAUAUUACCAGCAAGAUGGUCGAAUUCCAUCGCACCGAUGAGUUCGUCAAAACGCGCAACCCGCACUUUACUGUUGCCCACGUGGUACCUGGCUACGUUUUCGGCCGCAAUGAGCUCGCGCUCGAUAGCCGUAUGAUGCAACAGGAGAAUAGCUCCAACAACUUCCUUAUGAUGUGUAUGCUGGGUGCAGAGCUACCGUUUCCUAUUCAUGGAGGUUUCGUGCAUAUCGACGAUUUGGCUGAUAUCCAUCUGCGCGUCUUGUUCCUCGAGAAGCCGGGUGAAGGCCCCGCAGAUUACGGGAUUGCUACCAAGAUCAACUACGAUACCGUUUUCGACUAUGUUGAGAAUGCGUUCCCCAAGGCUGUUGCGGACGGUGUGUUCAAAAAGGGAAAACUGCACACUUUAAAUGUCGAAUAUGACUCUAGCGACACGGAAAAGCUAUUUGAUAAGAAGCUGAAGAGUUUUGAGAGCGCCGUAGUGGAGGUUGCUGCACAGUAUCUCGAGAAGUUGGGAAAGGAUAAAGCCUAA